AUGUACAUUGGUUGCGGGCACAUCCCCAGUGAGGGGUGUGCAAGAGGCAGCUGGUCCAAUGCCAUCAAGGCAGAGUGCUCCAUCCGACUGCCUAAGGCCGCCAAGACUCCACUGAAGAUUCACCCUCUGGUGCGGCUGCCCCUAGCAACUAUCGUCAAGGAUCUGGUGGCCCAGGCACCUCUGAAACCAAAAACACCUCGGGGUACCAAGACACCGAUCAACAGAAACCAGCUGACCCAGAGCCGGGCCCUGGGGGACAUCAUGGUGAAACGGGCCUAUGAGACGAUGGCAGGGGCAGGGGUUCCCUUCUCUGCCAAUGGACGGCCUCUGGCUUCAGGGAUUCACUCGAGCUCCCAGCCAGCAGCCAAGCGUCAGAAACUAAACCCCGCUGAUGCCCCCAAUCCUAUGAUGUUUGUGGCCACAAAAGACACCAGGGCCCUUUGGAAAGCUCUGACUCACCUGGAGAUGCGGCGAGCUGCCUGCAGGCCCAACUUGCCCCUGAAGGUGAAGCCACCGCUGAUAGCAGUGAGGCCCCCAGUUUCUCUGCCUGCACCCUCACAUCCUGCCAGCACCAAUGAGCCCAUUGUCCUGGAGGACUGA